AUGACUUCUUGGUAUUUUUGCUUGCACUACCCUGAAUGGUUUCCUAUAUUCUUUAUUCUUCAUCUAUACCUUUUUCCUAUCCUUAUAAAAAUAACUUUCCAUAACUUUUCUUCCAAGGUGGCCGCUACGAGUGCACUUCGUUUUGGUCUUGCUCUCUCCCUAAAGACAAAAGGGAUUUCUGAAUGUUUUAUUGCUCCGCAAGCGGAAGACGAUGCUGUCGAUCUUCUUCGUCAGCUGUCAGAGAUCAAAAUUAUCGAUCCAACAACUUCAACUGGCUAUCCAAUGAGUUUCAUAUCCGAUGAGGAGAAUACAAGUCAUCAACUUCUGUCAAAUGUGUUGCUCACUGAUAAGGAAGUUCCAGUUACGGCAACAUACAAUGAAGACUUGUCGAGAGCAGAAUCAUUCAGAAGAUUCUAUGAAUCUGCUGAAACUACUGUUAAAGUAACCGAACUAUUCCGAGGAGAAAGUGUAGAAGCUCAGUUUCAACAACCCGAAAAAAAGGAACAAGUGUCCACAAGUAACACAGAUGUUAUGUUCGUCAAUCAGAAGGUGGAUGUGAUGGCAUCUACUGUGUCUACAGUAGGAAAUGCGGUUCGACAGUCAGUUUCCAGUUCAACCAACUCUUGGGAUUACAUGUUCAACGAUCCAUUCCCAGAUAGUGAAGAUAUGAGUGUGAAUGAAAAUGAGUUGUACGAGCCGAGAAUACCUCUUCUUCCACAAAAACUAUCCUAUAAAGGUCAGGAGAUCUUCGCAAACACCAACACUGUGGAACGAAACAAGAACAGUGGAAAGAGUGGAGAAGUCGAGAAUCUGAAAAAAUGUGUGGAGACUCUGCUUCAAUUUGAUGCUGAAAUGAAUAUAAAGCAUAUCAAAGAGAGUUCUCCGAAGAAGGAAACAACGACGAAGAGAGAUCAUCUUAUUGAGGAGCAGAUUAAAGCAACGAAUAAGAUACUGAAGGAAGUGGAACGUGAUCUCGACGAGAUGCAAAUAGUGGAUAAAUUAAGUCCCAGCAAAAGUCACAGCCCGAGCAAGAGGACAUAUGAACCGAAAGAUGUGGAAGAUAUUGAAGCUGCAAUUUUCAGUAUCUCCGAUCAACUCGCUGAAAAAGAUUCAAGUGAGGAAGCACUCCGUGAAGCUCUUCAAGAAAUGAUUCUCAGUAAAACGAGCCCAUUGAAAGAGCUAUCUCCAAAAUUUGAGAAAGAUAAACUUGAAGUGCAAAAGAUGCCAAAAACGGAAACAGUAGUUGCUGAAGUUCAUCCAAUUGUGAAACUGAAACAGGCGAUUUCAGCAAUUGAAAAUAGUUUGCUGGAAGACACAGAAGUGACCGAAAUCAUGAAAAGAAAAGGAAAUGAUAAAGAUAAACGAAAAGCGACCAGAAUUAAGAGAGUCCCAAGUGCUCAUUCGGCGAGAAUCACUCCAAUAACUACAAAUCUGAGGGAUCGUCUCAAUCAACUUCAUCAAUUGACGGUUUCUGAGGAUUCAGCUUCUUCUAAACAAAAUGAAGAAGCGAAAGAAAUUCAAGAACUUUUUGUGAAAAUAGAGAAAGAGAUCAAUACUAUCGCUGAAUUGUGUAAGGAGAAGAUGACGAAGCAAGCCGCCGAGACAGUUGCCCACGUGCUCAAUUCAGUACUUCAACAUGUUGCGAGCAUUAUCAAUGUCAUAUUGGUAGCACAGGACCUUCAACCCAUUGAAGCUCAUUCACAACCAUCCAACACUGAAGAGGUGACUGUGUGGUAUAGUUUUGAUGUUCAUCCUGAAUCUGAAGAUAUCAUUGGAAUUGUUGAUGAGGAACCAACUAAUAGGCGCCCCUCAUCUACUCCAAGAGGAUCCACAAGAAGUAGCAAGUUAACAGCUUCUCAAGAUUCAGAAGGGACCAUGAAAAUGACAAUUUCUAGUGAAGAUACCAUUGAAGCACCUGUUGCGCCACCUAGAAAAGGAAGAUUACUUUCUAGAGAUGCUGAGAGAAUUUUGGAUCAACAGCCUCAAGCACCACCAAGAAGAAGUCGGCAAUCAGGAGACACAUUAUCUCCAGAACCAAUAUCACGUUCCAAGUUAGAGAAAGAGGUUGAAACUGCUGCACCUGUCAGGCCUCCAAGAAGCAGGAGCAGAGCAUCGGGAGAUGAAUUAUCACCGGAACCAGCUCCAAUUCGUCCUCCACGAUCUAGAAGUCGCCAUUCCGGCGAUGAGUUGGACGAGCUUGCCAAAGAAGAUAAACCAGUCCGUCCACCCAGAAGCAAAAGCAAAACAUCCGAGGUUCCACGACUCCCAAUUACGGAUAGUAUGGAUGAGUCUUCGCUGAGUUGCAUUCACAUCCAGAAAACCAAUUUCGCCUUCACCAAUUCAACACAUGAAAGUGAUAAUGCUGCUGUUAUCAUUGAUCUCCGAAAUAUGGCUCAAAUGGAAUGUACUGUUCAAACUCUCGAUGAUCUUGCCUCGAUUCAAAUGCUUUGUGAAGAAUCGGAUUAUCCAUCUGACACUGACCGAUCAUUAUUAUUAGCGGGAACUGUCAGAUACUUCAAUCGUGCAAGUCCUUCUCUACAGGAAGUUUCUCCUUCUCUUAACAUUGAAUCCGUAUCAAUGGAUUUGAAAUAUGAACCUGAAGAAGAGAAUAUUCAAGAUGUUUAUGUAAACGUGGAACUUCAUUCUGUCCCUUCACUCACCUCUCUGAUUGAAGUGAAUCCAAACACCCUUCUGCACACCAAUGCAUCUGAAAAAUCUUCCACCAAUGCUGCUGAUAACGAGGAAGAAGUGACUACGGAAUUGUCGUUUAUCGGAAGAUCAGUCAUGUCUACAGAAACUUUGGAUGUUGUAUUGGAAGAAAAAGAUAUGAGCCAGAUGAAUUCGACUCUCCCAUUGGAUUAUGAACGCCCAUUUUCAUCCAAUACAAUUCUGGAAACCGAUAUUUUAAGUGAUGAAAGCGUCACAAUUGAAUCUUCCUAUCAAAAAAGUCUAGAGCCAACCAGAGAAAUUCCAAGAAUCGAUAUCCAACCUGAAGAAGUUACUGAAAACUUUUCACUGACUCAUAAACCCGCAAGAAGAAGAGUCACUGGAAUUGUUGUCAACUCUCUGAUCUUCACCAUAUCUGCAUCCAUCGCUGCUGAUAACACCUUCGAUGUAGACGUUGUUCAGGAACCACAACGAUAUAACAUUUCCAUAAAAGUGAUCGAAGACAUCGUUGAUUUCACAUCAUUGACAAUAAUGUCAGACUGUGAAGAAGAUUUCCCAGCUGACGUUCUUGUCAUUCCUCAAGAUUCUUCAAAACUCCGAGCACUGUCUUAUGAUGAUGUCAGCAUUGCUACCACCAGAACUGGAAUCACAGUAUCGAUUGUUGCCAGAAGUUUGAAUGAUGGAAUAUAUGCAUCCCUGGAAGAGAUCGCAUGGGGCGAAGUGGAAAUGACUGUACCAGAUAUAAUGCAAAUGAGUACCGAAGAAAAGAGUUCCCUUCAGUUCAAUGUGACGGUUUCUGAAUCAAAUCUGGAAGAAGCCAAGUCACUGAAAUCGCAAAUGUCGUUCAGAAGUUCUCAGAAUUCUGUAUCCGAGAUUGAAAACACAAUGAGUUCGACUGGAACAAUCAGUAUUCCAAGUUAUGUUGUCAAAUUGGAGUCUACUGCCACUAUCACAUGUGAACUCAACAAUUAUCUUCCGAAGAAUUGUACCAUCGACUGGUAUUGUGGAAAGACGAAAGUGAUUAUUGAUAACGAACAAUUCGAUCGCAUCAGCCAUGAUCUUCUCGAAGUACUCAUCAUCCGAAGUGUUGAACCGAUCAAUGGAAACUUGUAUAGUUUGAAAAUCAAUGAAGAUCUAUUUCCAGUCGCCUAUCUCAUUGUCGAAAAUACUAAUUUGACAACGUCUGCAAAUAUAUUAACCCGUCCGGAGACUCAAUUCGUUAUGGAAGGACAACCAACAAUUCUUACUGUCGAAGUUGAUGAGCCAAGCGUUGUUGUGAAUUGGUUGAAAGAUCGGAGACCAUUGCAUGAGAGCGAGAGGAUCAAGAUUGAAACUGAUGGACAAGGGAAUCAUCGAGUGGUGAUUCCAAAUACAAAUGUUGGUGAUCAAGGAACUUAUUUGGCAUUGACGUCGUCUCAAAGUGUUGCGAUCACUUUGGUAGUUGAAGAAAGAAUAGAUGAAAAAGAAGUGACUGUGGUUGCAUCUGGAACUGAAAGUGAAGAUGAUGACGUUCAGGAGUAUCUGGUUCCACCUGGAAGUACGGCUACAAUUGCUUGUGAACUCGAAAAAUGCGAAUUGAAACGGUCGAUCCGUUGGAUGCGAGACGGAAAGGACAUUCGGUUCGAAGCCGGGAAAGUGGAGCACGUUCAAAAUGGGUUAAAGCAUUACUUGGUGGUCCAUGAUGCUACAAGUGUUGACAGUGGAUUGUAUAAAACAGAGCAAUCUGAAGAACAAUGCGAGGAGACCGUCAUUCCUCGCGGAGUUGUUGCAACCAUUCAAUGUCAAACUUCUGAACCACGGGAGUCGAUUCAGUGGUGCAAGGACGGCACAGCUAUUCCAUCAGACAUUUCUCGAUUCGAAUUCCGAUCGCUGGAUAACAACCAAAGCCAUGAGAUGGUAAUAUCAAAUAUUUCUUGGUCAGAUGCUGGUGUUUAUUCUGUUAUCAUUAAUGGAAAGAACUCAUUCGUUUCUAAAAUUGUUGUCGUUGAAAGUGAAUUGAUCACUCAAUCGGUUGAAGAAGAAAUCGAACCAGAAAUUGAUGUAUCUCUCCAUGUUUUAGAAUCAGAACGAAUUGUUGAAUCGAAUGUUCCUCAGUCUCCAAAGCUAGAUGCCUCUCAUGAAACUUUGAUUCCAGCCAUUGUCGAUACACAAGAAGCAGUGCCUGUUGUUCCAGCGGUGGAGAAAUCAACUUCGAGAGAAUCGGAGGAGUUCGAGAUUAUCGAGAAACUUCCAGAGAAAGCAGCACCUUUGGAAGAGGUUCUCGGAAGUCAAGAAACUGAGAAAACAUCGAAAGACGAUGUGAUGGUAGAGAGCUUUGAGGUUCUAGAGACAGCAGCAGUCGCAGAGCCAAUCGAAGACAAACCAAAAGUUGAAGAAACUGUUCUGGAAACAGAACAACAGACAACAGAAGAAGAACUUGGACCAGUUCAAGAGAAUAUUCCAGAACAAGCAGCGGUUAUGGAACAGUUCGAAAACCAACCAACAGAGAAAGUGACAGAGGGAGCAGCAACUCUGGAACAAGAUAAAAAAGAAGAACAAAUUGUUCAGACAACCGACUCCGCAGAUGCAGCAAUUGUGGAAACGUUUGAACAAAAUAUUGAUAAACCAAAGGAGGAACAAGUGAAACCACAUGAAAUUCCGGAACCAGCAGUACUUCUGGAAUCUUCUAAGCCAUCAAAUGAAAACCUCCCUCAAGACGAAGCUCCGAGAGCCGAAGAUCAGAAGGUCGACCUUCCCAAAAUUAUUCUUCCAGAAGAAGCAGCACUUCCGGAAGAGACAACACACGAAGAAAUCGAAGUUGAAGCAACGUUUGAAAUUGUGGAACAGCAAGUAGAACAUACCGUUUCUACAAAAGGUGAUUACGAACAAUCUCGAGAGGAACCAGAAGACGCAGAAAGUGAAGGCCGUGAAGCUGCUUCGGAAAUCGCUCAUUUGGCUAUUGACGAAGCAGUGAUAGAAGCAUCAAAGACCCAAAAAGAAGAUGUGGAUGUUUCAAAGACAACUGAUGGUCAAGUACGAAGUGUUAGUGUUGAUUUGACAUUCAGUCGGGAGGCAGAGCAAAUUAUUUCGGACGUCAUCGUUGCGGAAGUUGGUUAUGAUGAAGAUGAAUGUUCCACUAUCGCCGACACCAUCACAUCUCUCUCAUCGAGCCCGUUGUAUACUGCUCCAGUGUUUACUGGUAGACUUCCAUCUUCAGCAUGUUUCACGCAUGAUAAACUGAUGUUGGAAGUUGUUUUUAGUGGUGUUCCACAGCCAACAAUAUCCUGGUUGUUAGAUGAUCAUGAGCUAAUUUCCGAUGGAGAGCGAAUCCUAAUCAAGUGUGAAAAUGGAAUCAGUUCGAUUCGGUUCUUCAACGUUGACAAAAAUGCUGGCGGAACAUUGAAAUGUCGAGCAACAAACUGUGCAGGACAAGUGGAAACGAUCUGUGAGAUCAUUGCAGCUGAUGAAAUAUCAGGCAUCAGUGAUUCAUCAAUGACAUCUUCUAUGCGACCUCAUUUCGUAGUCCCACUUCCCGAGAGCUUGAUCCACACCGUCAAUGAUCAUAUUAUCAUCAAGUGUAAAUUCACUGGACAACCAUUGCCGGCAGCGAUGUGGGAGAAGGAUGGAGUAUUGUUGGAUUUACAAAAAUAUCAAAUCACAACUGAAGACGGAAUAAGUAUUCUGAAAAUCGAAAAUGCAACAUUAGAAGACAAGGCUACGUACACCUGCACAAUCGCCAAUGAAGCCGGAUGUGAAUCCACCAGCUGUCGAAUCGAUAUAGUGGAUGAUCAUUUGGGAACGGAAAGAACUGGAUUGCAUGUGAUGUGUGAGAGAGAUCAAAAUGAUGUGGAGCUGGAUAUUCUUGUGCAAUCGCCGAACCAUCUCGGAGUUUCAUUUACUUUCCCUCCAGUUAACAGAACUUUGGCUCGCCAACCUCCAUAUUUCCUACUGCCACUAGCUGAUAAAAUUGUCACUGAUGAUAAAUGCACAUUAAAAUGUGUGGUUAUGGGUAUUCCACUGGUGAUUGUGAAAUGGAUGAUAGACGAAAAAGUUGUGCAGGAAGAUGAAAAUCAUGAAAUUCACUUCGAAGAUGGAAUUGCACUGCUGCGACUGAAAAACAUGAAGAGCGACGGAGUUUCUGUGAAAUGUGAAGCUACAAACUGUAAAGGAAAAGUCACAACAAGUUGCGUGUUAUCGAAAGGAUUGCUAGACGAGAGUGAAAUUGGAGAUCUACAAAAACCGAGCUUCGUUCUACCACUGAAGGUAUGUCUAGCGAAAAUCCAAGAUAAAAUGAUAAUCGAUUGUUUCACAACUGAUGAUCAUGCCACCCUGAAAUGCAUCGUCAUGGGAACACCACUCCCAGAUGUGAAAUGCUCUUUUGAUGGAAUGUCUGACGAAUCUAAAAUACGAUCCGAAGAUGGAAUCGUUCUAAUUGAAGUUUCAAAUGUUACCGAGAAGGGAGUCGUUGUGGAAUGCGAAAUUUCCAACGGAAAAGGCACAAUUUCUUCAAAAUGUGUUGUUCGAAAAGUGAAGCAAGAGCAGAAAAAUUAUCAAAGACCAGUUUUUGUCUUCAAUCAAGCCGGAUCCGUCAGUAAUGAUCGAGAACUAUCGGUAAAAGUUGGAGUGAUUGCUUCUCCGGAACCCACUCUGUUCUGGAAGCACAAUGGGUCAACGAUAGAAGAAGGAGGAGAUUAUUAUAUGAUUUGCGAAGAUGGUAUUGGUAUUCUGAAAGUAUUCAAUAUCGAAGAUGGAUCUCAUGAGUUUACGUGUAUAGUGGAAAAUCAAUACGGACAGGCAAUAUCCACAAUACCAGUGGAAGUGGGUACGAAGACGGAUGAAAAAUUGGCACUUGUGAAAAGUUUGAAUGAUUUAAUCGUUGUGGAUGACCUCGUACAACUGAAAAUUGUAGCUGAAGGAAGUCUUCCUGUAAAUUUCCACUGGUUCGAAGAUGACAUCCUUUUGGAGAAUGACAACAAUCAUAGAAUCACAAUCGAUGGCUCAGUUUCUACGUUACAGCUUAGAACCGAAGUGAUUGGAACUCAGAAAAUCAGAUGUGAAAUUUUCAACGAUGUCGAAAAAGUAGAAACUGCAUGUAUCGUGGAACGAAUUCACAAUACAAUUUCUGAUUUCGUUCUUACGGACUCCGGGUGA